UGCACAUCAACACGUUCCCACCUGAUCUGUCCUUCAUUCUCUGCAACAGCAAAACAAAGAAAAAGAAAAAAAACAGAGAAAAGAAGCUCCUAGUUCUUUCAUAAAUUCACAGGACAAUCGCCACAUAAUUUCAGCAUGCACAUACAUCCAUUUCAUAUUCGUCUUCACUUUGCUCCCACACGUCAAGAUCAAGUGGUAUGCGGUGCCUCGAAGGUUAGCAUAUAUGUGGAUGCAAUAGACACUAGUCACCUUGCAUGUCAUCUCAUAGACAAGUGUACCUUGCAUGCAGAGUCCUCACCUUGUAUAAAUACCUCGGCAGUCUUUGCUAUUCUUCCCACAGACUCACUCGAAAGCAAUAACAACCAUGGCGAUACUCAGAGCUUUAUUCAUUUGCUCUCUCUUCCUUGCUACAAUCUCAUUCUCUCUUGCUGAUGGAGAAGGCGACUACCUUAGCUAUGAGGAUGACCCUCAACAGCAGUUACGGCAAUGCCAGCAGUACUGCCAGCAGCAUAUGCCGCGCGGAUGGGAACAGCAGCAAUGCCAGCAAGAAUGCCGAGACCAGAUGAUGGAGCAGCAAGGAGGCCGCGGCGGACGAGGAGGACAACAAGGUGAACAGAGAUACGAGCAGUGCCUGCGGAGGUGCGACCAACAGCAACCCUUCCGUGGACAAGGGAUUCAACAAUGUCGUCAACAAUGCGGGCAGCAAUUGAGCCACCAAGAGCGCCAACAAAUAUGCCAGCAGCGUUGUCAGAGGCAACAAAGAGGCGAUAGGCAACAGCAACAACAGUGCCAAUCAAGGUGCCAGCAGCAAUUGCAGCAAGGAAGAGAAAUCGAACAGAACAUGAUUAACCCAACUAGAGAUCCUGAACAACGAUUUGAGCAAUGCCAGCAGAGCUGUCAAUCUAGGCAACGUGGUGGCCAGCAACAACAACAAUGCCGUCAACAGUGUGCACAACAAUUGAGCCAAUACGAGCGUCAGCAGAUAUGCCAGCAGCGUUGCCAGAGGCAACAAGGUGGGGAUUGGCAACAACAACAGCAGUGCCAAAGAAGGUGCGAGCAACAACUACAACAAGGAGAAGAAUACGUAGACUUGUACUCAAGAGAUCCCGAGAAAGGAUUUGAGCAAUGCCAGCAAAGGUGCCAGUCCCGGCAACAAGGCCAACAACAAUGCCGUCAACAAUGCGCACGUCAGAUGUGCCAGCAGCGCUGCCAGAGGCAACAAGGUGGGGAUUGGCAACAAAAACAGCAAUGUCAAAGAAGGUGCGAGCAACAACUUCAGCAAGGAGAAGAAUACGUGGACUUGUAUUCACGAGAUCCCGAGCAGAAAUUUGAGCAAUGCCAACAAAGCUGCCAAUCCAGACAACAAGGACAAGGCCAGCAACAACAAUGCCGUCAACAGUGCGCACAACAACUUAGCCACAAGGAGCGUCAGCAGAUGUGCCAGCAUCGUUGCCAGAGACAGCAAGGUGGGGAUUGGCAACAACAACAGCAGUGCCAAAGAAGGUGCGAGCAACAACUACAAGGUCAACAGGGUAGAAGCUUUGUAGGCUUAUCAUCAAUUUUGGACUUUGUAGGCUUUUAACUUCUAAGCAGUACCAGUACCAGAGAGAGGUUAAUGUACGUCUUAUGAAUAAUGAUGUAAUAAAAUCUAUGUAGUAUGAAGAUCCGUGGUGCUAGCUAUGGGCAGUGCUAGAGUACUUUUGAAGUUAUUUCUCAUGUAGAGUGAGUUUUAAUUUUGGGUCUAUAGAAAGAACUCUAGCUUUUUGCCAUAUAAUCAAUAAACAAUAUUUCAUACGUAUUCGAUUC